AGCCUCACGUCCCUCACGUCCUGAUUGAGAGCGGCGACAUUACGCCUGACGAAUACGACGAGUUUCUGCACGGACGCAGCGACUUCAUCAAGGCUGUGAAGAAGGACGGGAGCGACCUGAGGAAGGUGGAGAUGAUGAACCGCCGGCUGCACAAAGACCUGUUGCACAACCCAGUGGUGAUGCUGAACUUCUGCCCCGACCUAAGGGGGGGUCACCAGGACCUGAGGGGGGGUCACAGGACCCCGAGGGGGGGCCAAGGGGAAUAUAUCUUCCUGUUGGACAGAAGUGGCAGCAUGAGCGGAGCCAACAUCAGCCGAGUCAAGGACGCCAUGGUUCUGAUCCUGAAGAGUCUGCUGCCCGGCUGCCUCUUCAACAUCAUCGGCUUUGGGUCCACCUUCAAGCCCCUGUUCCCGACCAGCCAGAGCUACGAGGAGGAGAACCUGGUCCAGGCCUCUGAAUACGUCCGGAGGCUCCGGGGUGACAUGGGAGGAACCAACGUCCUGAACCCCCUGAUCUGGAUCCUCCGUCAGCCCUCCUUCAGAGGACACCCCCGCCUCCUGUUCCUUAUCACUGAUGGAGCGGUCCGCAACACGGGGGCCGUCAUCGAGCUGAUCCGGAGCCAGGCCCGCUCCCUCAGGUGCUUCACGUUCGGCCUCGGGCAGACGGCCUGCAGGCGGCUGGUUCUCGGCCUGGCCUCCGUGUCCAGAGGAACCGCAGAGUUCCUGUCUGAGGGAGAGAGGCUGCAGCCCAAGAUGAUAAGGUCCCUGAAGAAGACCAUGUGUCCGGUCCUCACUGAUAUCUCCAUCGAGUGGCUGUUUCCGGAGACUAAAGAGGUUCUGCUGUCGCCGGUGGGGAACAACUUCCUGUUUCCUGGAGACAGUCUGAUCGGGUACAGCGUGGUCUGUGACGCCACCAGAUACCACAACAACCCCAAAUCUGAUAAGAGGAGGAGAUACUCCAUGAUGCGCUCCGUGGAGUCGGCCAGCUCGGUGUUUUUCCACUCUCAGGAGGAGGAUCCUCUGAGGACCGGAGGGGAGAGCGAGUCCUUCAGGGACCCCCUGACCCCCCCAGAGCAGGACCCUGGAGGCUGUGAGACGUCUCCCAGGAGAAGAGCGUACAGCACCACCCAGAUCACAGACCACCACCCCAUCAACAGGGCCUUCACCCCCAGCGACCCCCUGCUCCGUGGCCCCCAAGAACCCCCUGAGGAGGGGCCCAAGGUCCAGGAGCUGGUGGGCCAGAGCGAGGACAAGUGGAGGAGGGACUACCAG